AUGGGUUUGAGAGCUGCAUGUUUGGUUCUUUUUAGAAGUGCUUCAACCAUGGCACAGCACAAAUUCAUAGAUGUUGGUGUAAACCUGACAGACCCCAUGUUCAGAGGACUCUACAGAGGAAAGCAGAAACAUGAUGAUGAUUUUGAUCAGAUCGUGGACAGAGCACUUAAAGCUGGCGUUGAAAAGUUUAUGAUAACAGGAGGGAGCCUUGGAGACAGCAAGGAAGCUGUGACACUAGCUGAGACCAGAGAUGAGUUUUAUUGCACAGUCGGCUGCCAUCCGACCCGCUGCAGCGAGUUUGAGCAGAACGGAGAGUCGCAGUACUUUUCAGGACUGAAGGAUCUGGCAUCAGCGCGCGGAGGAAAGGUGGUGGCCAUUGGAGAGUGUGGACUAGAUUUUGACAGGUUGGAGUUUUGUCCGAAAGAGACUCAACUAAAAUACUUUGAGAAGCAGUUUGAGCUGGCAGAGGAGACCAAGCUGCCCAUGUUUCUGCACUGCAGAAACUCCCAUCAGGAGUUUAUUGACAUCAUGAAGAGAAAUCGAGACAGAUUUGUUGGAGGAGUGGUUCACUCGUUCGAUGGGACAGCAGGGGAGGCUGCUGCACUCGUUGACUUGGAUCUGUUUAUUGGAAUUAACGGCUGCUCUUUGAAAACCGAGGCCAACAUUGAAGCCAUGAAGUCGAUCCCCACAGAGAGGCUCAUGAUAGAGACAGAUGCUCCAUGGUGUGCUGUGAAGAACACGCACGCAGGCUCCAAAUAUGUUAAAACAACAUUUCCAACGAAGAAGAAAUGGGAGGCGGGACACUGCCUGAAGGACAGGAAUGAGCCGUGUCACAUCAUACAAGUUCUUGAGGUGAUGGCAGGCGCACGGGAAGAGGAUCCACAGGAACUGGCCAACGCAAUCUACAACAACACCUUCAAAGUUUUCUUCAGCUCCAGCUGAUCGCAGAGGAGACUCUGAGAAAUUAGAUUUAGAAGGGGGCGGGGCUUCAGUACUUCCUGAUGGAUGCCAAAUACAUAAUCACAGAAAUAAUGAAAACAUGAAUAAACAAUAACAUUAGUGCUGAACAUAUGUCAUAUUCUCAUAAC